CCUCCCCACCACCCACAAGACCUGACAAGUCACAGAGGUGCACCCCCAGCCCUCCUCAGGGACCACGGCCCGGGUAAUUACCCAGGUGGUCCCCCAGCCGUCAGCAGAUCUCCCUCCCAUGCCCAUCAGGGACAACAACAGCAACAACAACAACAACCAUCACAGCCCCACCAGCCACCCCCGCUGUCUCCGUCAGGAGCCCCACUCCCUCAUGGAGGUCCCCAGCACUAUAACGGCUCCCUACCUCCACCUCCUACCAGUGGUCACCUGGCCUAUGACCGCCGGUCACCUCUGUCAGCCGGACCUCACCAUGCCUCCCACCACAGGCCUGCAGACCUCACAUCUGCUCCCCCACAUCCACAGCACUCUCCUGUCAGUUCUGCCUCAGGAUACCCCAGACCCAGCAGCCGGGAACAGGAGUCGAGAGCCUCAACUCUUCCUCAGCCCAUGGCCAUCCCAACGUCACAGCCACCACACUCUGUGGGAAUCCCAUCGCAGCCCCCGCAACCAAUAUCUCCUGAGGAACAAGAAGCUCACAGACUCCGGAUCUCAAAACAUGAGCCCAUACAGAACAUCAUCGGACGUCACCCACACAGCGACAUCCUCUAUCUCAUCUGUCGCCUGUGUCGUCAGACGUAUGGGAGCCCAUAUGGUUUUAGAAAACAUUUCCGAAACCAACACGGGUUUGAACCCAAGGAGGAACAUACAAUUGUCCAAACCAUCUCAGCCACCAAGACAGCACGGGCUCACACAAUUCCUCUGGAUCAGCUAGACUCCAAGGUGCUAUCAUCGCUGGCCAUCAAAGAAGAAAGAGCGAGUACUGAGGAGCUGAGUGGGGAGUCAGGGAAUGUCAAAUCUUCCUCUGGCUGGCCUCACAGUGCUGGUAGCACAGACACACCUCCAGGAGACAGCGAGCAGGGAGAGGUGGUCAAGAAGUCAUUGUCAGAGGACACCAAGUACUUGGAGUGCGUAGAGUGUGGUGAGACCUUCCAGCUCAACGACUUCGGCUCCUACAAGCGCCAUUGUCGCCAGCACAGUAUGAACAGGAGUAGCGGCCCUUUUGCCUGUCACGACUGCAAGAAGUCCUUCUCAGAACCUGCUCACCUACAGGAGCACCUGGACACACACAGCACGUUCACCGCCAGUGUCUGUGGCAUCUGCCAUACGUUUUUCUCCUCACCGAACUACCUAGCGGAACACCUGCAAGCAGCCCACGGUCAUGUGUACAUUCCCAGCGACAAGACGGCUAGUGAAGGGGACAGCAUCGAUCUCAAAGUGGAAAACUCUGGGGGUGGUCACUCUGAAACAUCGGCUGACGGUCAAGACAAGGGUGUCGGAGUGGUCAAGACAGGGGCUGUAGUGUCAUUAUCAUCAUCGUCUAGCUCGAUGGUGGUGGUGACCAGUGCUGUCACGUCAUUGUCACAGCUGCAGGCCAGUAACAUCAGCUCCUCGCCUUCACCCGCCACCUCCUCCUCCUCCCCGUCCAUGUACGCCCCCCUCCCCCUCUCCAAACGGCACCGCAUGAGUCAGUCCAGCCUCAAAACCCCGCUCUUCACUGUCCACACACCCAAAGGCCUGGAGGUCCAGAAACUUCCGGCAGACGCAGUGGUGACCACAGCGAGUCCAGACAGCAGCUAUGACGAAGCCAGGUUUAACCUUGACUCUCAGCCCGGUAGUAGCACAGGAGGGGGAAGUGGUACGAAGUCUUCCACGGCUGCCACUCCUGACGCUAACAAUGCUUCCUCUGACUCUGAUAUGGUGCGGGACAGUGUCUGGGGAGGAGACGGUGGGAAAUCACACUGUACUGAUGACGUUCGGAUGGACAUAGGCAACGUGAUCCUCAACCUGCCCAAACAGCCGGAGGAUGGAGGGCUUGGGAAGUCUGGUAAUCGUGACGACACCGAGUCCAAUUCUUCCGAGCGCUGUGCAUCUGUAGACUCCAACAGUUUGUCUAUGGAAGGUUCGAGGGCUUCAUCACCAAGAGGGGAAGAUGCAGAGAAGUAUUACAAACACAAGAAAUACUCUCGACACCGCAAACGUUUGAGCUCGAGUGAGGUGGGAAGUGAGCCGGAGACCAAACUCCGUAAGGGGGAUGUGGGCACACCACCUGCCACACCCCCUACCACCACCUCCGCCACCAGCAGUCGCGUUGACCAAUCUGUGACGUCCUCUGUGACGUGUAGUGUGACACUGGGCGACUGUGAGUCUUCAUCUUGUAGUCACUCGGAGUGUCCAGAUAAGUCACAGGUCACAGACAGCAGUUCUACAGGAUCAGAAGAUGGCAAGGGAGGGAAGGGACAGGUGGGAGAUGGUGUUGCUGAAAAGUCUAGUAAAUCUGGGAAUACAACGACAACAUCGAAUGUGAACACUGCCAAAGAAGAAGAUAAAAAAGGAGCAGACUUCAGUAAAAACAGCAGUCAGUCGGACAGCUCAGAUGGUGGGGCAAAGUUCAAAUGGGAGAGACUGACCAGGAGUCAGGCCGGGAAAACCUCCCAGCCAGUCAGCUACAACACAUCCUGACCUCUAGAGAGUCUGCUUCUUGUUUUGUCUCUUGUGACUCUGUGGAUGAUUCGAAAAACAUUCACUCACAGACUCCUUGACCUCACAGUGGCGAUGAUGACAAAAAUCACAAACUGAAUGACUGCUGGAUCUAUUUUUAGGCAUUGAAUGGAAGAACAUUUUUAACAAUUACAAAA